AUGGGGGUGGAUUAUAAUACUAAGAGGAAAAGAGUAUGGGGCACUGGUCAGCUGGAAGCCUUGGCAAGGAUAAAGCAACAAUCACGGGUCACAGCGCUCAUGGUGAACGUCGACAUGUUAUCACCUAUCCAGCAAUACGAGCUGUUCAACAUUUUUCGUGUUCCUAUCUACGACCGAUAUAACAUCGUUCUUUCAAUUUUCAAACAUUACGCCAGGACGGCUGAGGCGCAUCUUCAGAUCCAGCUUGCUGAGAUACCCUACAUUCGGAGCCGCUUACAUUACCUCAACAAAUAUCGUUCCGAUCCCGAUGUGCUACAUAUCGCACGUCAACCGGAACGAGCCAAGUGA